AUGUCGACACAGUACUCAACCAAGGAACCACCGCAAUACACUCAACGAGGCCCUGCGGGAGAUGGGGUACUAAAUCACAACCUCACCAGUUAUCCACAACAAGCCAAGGACUCGCUUCCGGCAUAUAGUCAGAGACCAAAUACAAAUGGACAAAUUUCCGCAUCUUCCACAUCUGAUCAAGAAUCUGAUAUCGUACUGAACUACCCCGAAAACAGAGUCAAGCAAAACGAAUGUAGUGCAUGCUGUCAAGAUCUAUGUUGCGGAGGUUGCUUUGGGUGUUGUACUGGGCCGGCUAAUAUGCCCACUAGUGAUCGGAAUUUGAUGGGCACUUUCUUGACUGCUUUGUGUUGUGGUGCCGGUGUAAGUGCUGGUUUGAACUAA